GCCCUCCCUCCCUCUCUCUCUCUCCCCCACCCUCCCUCGCUUCUUCCCUGCAUCCAUUCAUCUCACUUCCUCACAUCCUGUCCUCCAUCCAGCAGCAGCAUCCUCUGGCUCUCCUCCUUUUCCUCCUCCACACUCAGCAGCAAUGAACAGCACACUAUCAGCUUUGACAGAGAAGAUCAAAGAGAUGUCCGUGGUGUCUCUGCUGUGCUCCUGCUUCUCCUCCCAGCCUCACCCCAACACUCUCGGACAGUACAGAGAAGUUGAGGUGAAGGGUGUGAACAAGCAUGUACUGGGACAGACGUUUGAGGUGAUUCUAAAGUAUCCUGAUGAGCCUGGGAACAAACUGUACCUUCAGGCCUUGGCCCCCCCGCCAAAGAAGGAGGCGUCUCUGGAGGAUCUGCAGAGGCGCCUGGACGCCGCUGAGGAGAGGAGGAAGUCCCAGAAGGCGCUGGUGCUGAAGCAGCUGGCCGAGAAGAGGGAGCACGAGCAGGAGGUGCUCCAUAAAGCUUGUGAGGAGAACUACAACUUCAGCAAGAAGACUGAGGAGAAACUCCUUCAGAAGAUGGAGGUCAGCAAGGAGAACCGGGAUGCCCACCUGAACGCACUCAAACAGCGGCUCCAUCAGAAAGUAAUGUAUGCCACUGAGGUGCGCAAGAACAAGGAGCGUCAGGCUGACAUGUCUGGCUGAAGAUAUUUCCACACUUUUUCAGGCAAACCUACUUAACCACUGCGUGCCCGUGCUUUCCUGUGGAUCAUUAUUCACCAACACAGUGCACCUUACACAACUGUACUGCUUAUCUGCACAGUUUCUCUCUCUCGCUCUCUCUCUGUAAAUCAUGUGCCAUUUCAAAUAGCUACAUUCUGAUAGAAGAAGCAAAAACAGUUGAAAUAAAGUCCAAAUCUGAGCCAAA